AAACAAAAUUUCCCCAUUACUUACACCAAUACACAGAAAGUAACCUACACUAAUACACACACACAAUUAAUUCAGACAAUACCAAUACAAUGGAGAAGAUAUCAAAUUUGUUAGAAGACAAGCCAGUGGUGAUAUUCAGCAAGACCUCGUGCUGUAUGAGUCACACGAUCAAGUCGCUCAUAUCUGGUUACGGUGCGAAUCCAACGGUGUAUGAGCUAGACGAAAUGUCUAAUGGAUCAGAGAUCGAACGAGCACUGGUCGAGCUUGGGUGCAAACCGACGGUGCCAGCUGUCUUUAUAGGGCAAGAGCUCGUAGGUGGUGCAAAUCAACUUAUGUCUCUUCAAGUCAGGAACCAACUAGCCUCGUUGCUCCGAAGAGCUGGAGCCAUAUGGAUUUAAGACUUAUGGAUAUGAAGCAAACACGUAAUGUUUUUAUUUAGAUAUACAUAUAUAACUAUAUAUCUUUUAGUAUUAGUGUUUGAAGCAUAUAUAUAUUAAGUACAAGAAGAAGAAGAAGAAAUUAAAAGCAAUUUGAUACAAUUUCGCUUUUGUGUUUUGAAUGCAAUCGCAAAUGUUUAGGAAUAAAGUCGUAUCUGCAUA